AUAAACCUAAUAUUAUUUUCAAUUUGAUAAAAGAUUUAAAGAUGUCAAAGAUGAAGAAGUGUUGAAGUGUCAAUAAAUGUCAAUAAUGUCAUCAUUUUUAAAUAUGCCAAUUUGAUCGCGCGUUUUAGUAUUUUGUACAGUUUUUCGAAUCUCGUGACAUCUGAAGGCAUGGCGAUUGUAUAUGGGCUGCCGAAAUUGUGUAGCCGACACGUUGCUUUCUAUUUGCUGAGAAACCAAUACAAGGCUAUUUCUACAUAUAAUAAACAUCAUAACCAUGUCCUCUGCAACCGCCAUAAAAAGCUUCGAAUUCCUAAUAGACUGUCAAUACUUCCGACAUGUUAUCAUGUCGGUGGAGCACAUAUUAAAGAGAACUUGUCUAUAAUAGAACCCAAUACUGUUAGUGGUAAAGAUAUGAUCUUGGGUAUGUUGCAAUACAUUUGGCCAAAGGAUGAUGUGACUAUUCGAAAGCGAGUAACAUUGGCACUUGGAUUAUUGGCUGCUGCCAAAAUGUUGAAUGUGUCUGUCCCGUUCAUUCUAAAAUAUGCAAUGGACGAUCUUAAUGAAAAACUUGGUUCUGGCGGAGAUGCAUUGUUAACUAUGGAUUCAGCACCCGAAACUGUGUCAACUGUUGCAGCGACUCUGUUGAUAUCGUAUGGCGUUUGUAGAGCAGCUGCUGCUGGUAUGAAUGAACUACGUAAUGCUGUAUUUGCUAGUGUGGCUCAACAAUCCAUUAGAAAAAUUGCCAGAAAUGUUUUCUUACAUCUUCACAGUUUAGAUCUAAGUUUUCAUUUAUCCAGACAAACUGGUGCAUUAGCUAAGGUAAUAGAUCGUGGAAGCAGGGGAAUAAACUUUGUACUUACUGCUAUGGUAUUUAAUAUUGUACCUACUUUAUUUGAAUUGACACUAGUUAGCACUAUAUUGGGAUUAAAUUGUGGUUAUCAAUUUGCUGCUUUAUCCUUUGGUUGUGUCUCUAUUUAUACAGUGUAUACAUUAUUAGUAACCCAGUGGAGGACGAAAUUCCGAAUUUAUAUGAAUCAAGCUGAAAAUGAAGCUGGAAAUAAAGCUAUGGACUCGUUAAUAAAUUAUGAAACUGUUAAGUAUUUCAAUAAUGAACUGUACGAAGCAAACAGAUACGACCGUGUCUUACAAAACUUUGAGAUGGCUUCACUUAAGACUAGCUCAAGUCUGGCACUUUUGAAUUUUGGUCAAAAUGCCAUAUUUAGCAUAACAAUGAGCACAGCAAUGAUAUUAGCCGCAAAACAAAUAGUCGAAGGUAACAUGACAAUUGGUGACUUGGUAAUGGUGAAUGGUCUCCUUUUCCAGCUGGCCAUGCCACUCGGGUUCCUAGGAUCUGUUUACCGUGAAGUGCGACAGGCGUUACUCGACAUGCAGUCCAUGUUUGCGAUAAUGGCAUGCGAUCCAUCUGUUAAGAAUCGAACGGAUGCCAUCCCGUUGUCUAUUAGUAAAGAAAAUGCAUCCAUCGAAUUCCGAAACGUCAAUUUUGCAUAUCAGAACGGUAAACCUAUUUUGGAUGACCUGUCCUUUGUUGUUCCACCUGGCAAGAAAGUCGCAAUAGUUGGAGGUUCCGGUAGUGGGAAAUCCACAAUAAUCAGAUUGCUGUUCAGGUUUUUUGAACCGACUUCAGGUGAGAUUCUCAUUGGAGGCAAAAAUAUCAAGGACAUUGAUAUUGAUAGUCUUCGGAAGUGCAUGGCUGUAGUUCCUCAGGAUUCAGUUUUGUUCCAUGACACGAUCAUGUACAACCUUCACUAUGGUGACAUGAGCAAGUCUGAGUCUGAAGUCAUUGAGGCGGCCAAACUUGCAGAACUUCACAACUCUGUGUUAAAGCUACCCAACGGGUAUUUGACACAAGUGGGCGAACGGGGCCUAAUGAUAUCUGGCGGUGAAAAGCAACGAGUGUCCAUUGCUAGGGCKAUACUCAAGGACAGUCCUAUUCUGAUAUUUGAUGAGGCCACGUCAUCAUUGGACUCAAUUACUGAACAGAACAUACUGAAGGCGUUGCGGCGAGCCACCAAGGAUAAGACGAGCGUGUGCAUCGCCCAUCGGCUGUCGACCAUCAAAGAUGCGGAUGACAUAUUGAUAUUACGCAACGGGAAAGUCGUCGAACGCGGAAGUCACCAGUGGCUGAUGGACAACGGCGCUUCCGAAUAUUCCGAAAUGUGGAACAUUCAACAAGACACGGCGAAGGGCCAAUAAACCAGCGACGGUCCAUCAUAUUACAAUAGAAUUAUUCGUUUUUAUUUCACGCGGUGUUUACGUCGAAAACCUUGUUUCCGCGAUUGUUGUACACUGAUUUACAUUAUACAAAUUAUUAUAUUAUUUCGUUCGCUUUUAAGAGGUAUAAUAUUGUGUGCAUGUUUUACAGAUACCCAUUUGUUACACGUGUAGGCACCAGAAAAAUGUCAAGAGUGACAGCAUUUUUCUAUAUAUUAAACGACAAAUAUGUAGAUAGGUAUAGGCGCUUACUGUUACCCGUUAUAUAUAGAUAUAACCUAUAUAGGUUACCUACUUAAUGUUAUGUAGACGAUGCGGGAAUAACUUGAAAUUAUUGUACCCGCUGCGCUAUAUUGUACUUUAUUUGUGUUCUUAAUAAAUGUAAUAGUUUUUCUUCCGAA